UGGUCGCGAAAAGCCUCCUACGUGUAAAACUAACGAAUAAUUUGUUGAGCGUGUGAAUGAAGCAGCGUCUGAAGACUGGGACAGGGCAACUCUCCCAACUCUCCCAACUCUUUUGACUGCAGCCAUGCGCGAUUCUAAAAGACUUUGCUCGGAGGCAGGAAAAGUUCAAACGAACACAUUUACAACCCUGCACUCACGGCAAAUGCCAUGGAAUAAAAACCCGGGCCGAGAUACAUUCGAAGCCGGCUAGGGUUAAGUCACCACCAACAACAUCAAUAAUAACAGGAGCAGCAGGCAACUACAGUAGCCCGGCCGGCCGGAAAACCUUGUAAAAAUGUUUUUUACACCAUUUCGCUAAUCACUUCACUUUGAGUCCUCAUGCCGUCGGCCUCUUACCUUCCUUUGAGCACAGCUUAUAAAUCGCUUUCUCGUGCAAUUCCCAGAGAGCGAGAGGUGUCCACGCACGCACUCACGCAGUAGUUUAUGACCCUGUGCCGUUUUAGCCACACGCACGCACGCAAACAAACGCGCCAACAACAACAACCAAACAAACAACAAACAAACAAAAAACCCCGCGCGCACUCUCGCAAUGGAGCCGGCCGAGGCGAUCGGAAAAUAUAGGAUUUACUCCGCCUGGCAAGGCGAAGCCGACCCAUCCAUCAAACGUCAGCGGCGGCGAGGGGUUGCAUCCCAUUGGAUGCGUGCAGACACGUGGAGCGGCGUUUUUGUGGUUGUCCGUGUCGAGCUUCGCUCGCGUUCACUCGGCUGCUCCGGGAGGGCCAGCGAGCGCGAGCCGUGGGGCUCACGGGGGCCACUUUGCGCAGACAGAUGGACAAUGCGGCCAUGAGUUUCCUGGAGUAUUCGUCAUUCUGCGGCGGCGGCGGCGAGGCGGGCGGCUUCAACCCUCGCUCGUUCGCUGCGGCAGCCGCUGGGGACCCGUGCCUCGCUCCCUUCCAGUCGUGCGCCGUGAGCGCUGCGGCGGCGGGCGCGAGCGGCGGCGUCGUCGGCGUCGUGGGCGAUGGGGAAGGGCGCUACCACAACCAUCACCACCACCACCAUCACCACCCUCAUCAUCAUCACCACCACCACCAUCAACAGCAGAAUGAGCAUCAGCAGCAGCAGCAGCCGCAGCAGCAUCAGCAGAGUGGCUACCAGCCGCACAACUUCACCUUCACUGGCUCGUACGCCCCCGCGACGAACUCGGGGUGCUAUUCGCCCGGCCAAGCGUACGCGGGGGCGGCGAGUUACGGGGUCUACUGCUCGCAGGGGGCCGACUUCGGCGGCGGCGGCGGUGGCGUUGGCGUUGGCGGAGCCGUGAGCGGGUUGCAGGCGACGCACGGCUCGCUCGGCGGUGGCUACGGCGCCUCGGCGUUCCACCACGACUCGCUGCAGGCUCCAGACCUCGGCGAUCUUCAGCCGCUCGCCAGCUGCUGUCUGCAGCAAGCCGGCCCGGUGUCGCACACUCAGCAUCACCAUCAGCAGCAGCAGCAUCAGCAGCAGCAGCAGCAGCACGGGUCGCCGAAUGCGUCGGAGCCCACGGCGCCUUCGCACUGCACGUUCGAGUGGAUGCGAGUUAAGAGAAAUCCGCCGAAAACAGCGAGGAUCGGCGACAUGAGCUGCGCGCAAGUGGGAGCCCUGCCGUGCGGCUCGGGAGGAGCCGGAGGCGGCGGAGUCGGACUGAGCAUCGGCGGGGGCAACAACGGCCUCGCGAUGGGCGGAGGCAUCGCGACCCAGCGGACCAACUUCAGCACCAAGCAGCUGACGGAGCUGGAGAAGGAGUUCCACUUCAACAAGUACCUGACGCGCGCGCGCCGCGUCGAGAUCGCCGCCGCGCUGCAGCUCAACGAGACCCAGGUGAAGAUCUGGUUCCAGAACCGGCGCAUGAAGCAGAAGAAGCGAGAGAAAGAGGGCCACAGCCUGCAGGCGCUCGCGUCUCCCAUCGCAUCCGCUGCUGCUGCAGCAGCUGCUGCUGCUACUACUGGACCUUCCGUCUCGUCCGCGGCCUCCUCCGAGGGAUCCUCGCCGAGUCGUUCGCCGGCGUCGGAGCCAGCGGCUGAUGACACCUCGCCCUGACGGGUGGACGCGCUAGGGUGCAUGCACCCCCAAACUCCAUCCUCCCCAUGCACCGCCCCCUACCCUCUACCCACCAUACCUCUACAGUCUACAUGAACCCCCCCCCCCUACUGUACGGACAACCUGUACUCUCCACGUGGUCUGUGAGAGUGCCGCCGAGACGUUCACGAGCCAAGAGCGACCUCCCUGGAACUCGGCGUGAGGAGCGGGGAGGUUUGCGACGAUGUCGACCGCUUCGUGGGUGCACGCGCGACGGAUGACGCGGACAGCAUGCGCGCGCACGCACGCAAUGUGCACGCGUGCAGUCAAAGGGCGAAUGACAGGGUAGUGUGCAAAUGAUAACAGGGUGUGGUGAUCAUUGACUUUUAACGAGAGCGAAUAAAGUAUGUGGGCAUCGGCGUCGAGGUAUUUAUAUUUAAACACUUUACCAAUCGGAUUAUUGGGACAAUUAAUCGGCUGCUCGUGGUCGCGGCACUAGAGACGGCGCUCCGAUGUUUCGGGAAACGAGCCCGAAUAUCCAUCAAUUUAUAAUUGACUGAAAACAAGCAGUUUGUGUGUGUGUUUUUUUUUUAUCCAGAUCAUCUCUUUGACUUGAGCUGUUAGUCAUCAUAUGAGUUCGCUCGAAUCAGCAAUUUAAAUCUUAUUUGCGAGUAGAGGUCAAAAUGUGUUGUAUGGGAAUAAAGAUAUUGCUAAAAGUAUAGGAUCACAGAAGUGUACUAAUGGUUGCAUUGACAGUAGUGUUUAAGUCGGGCCUACUCGUCCUAAGCAGUUCACGAUGGAGAGAGGUGUAGAUGAACGUUCGAACUCUUUCGCACCGUAGGUAGCCAACCGUGCAUCGGAAGUGCGGGAAGAAAGGACAACAAACUAAACGUUGGAGAUGACUGCCAGGGGACCGAGUGGUUUGUGAGCAGUGCAGUCAUGUGUACGAUUUGUACAUAGUCAAGUACACAUAGCCUGGCACAAGCGCCGUGGUGGGUAACGUUACGAACACAUCCUUGGGGACAUCUCAGUGAGCACGCGUUCUAGAUAAUCACACUGGUGUUAGUAAACUACCACUUGUCAUAUGAAUAGUAAAAAUAAUAAUAUGCAUUGCUGUGUCAUUUACUCUACCCACAAAAGCCUCACCGAGUCUCAAGACUGUGUUUCAGGAGGGGCCUCCAUUGGAAACGUUUGGCCACUGCCAUAUUCACGAUCUUGUGUCUGCGUGUGUGGGGGAUCUUUAUAUAUGCGUGCACGUAACCUGGCACAGACGCUGUGGUGACGUCACCGUCACUCGGUGGCGAAUGGCGGUUGUUGGGUAUGGGAUCUUCUUUGCUAUGGGGAGCGGUGGUGCAGCGGUUAGCGCGCUGCGCUACGAACCCGGCGCCCGAGUUCGAUUCCAGCUCACGGUCAACACCGGUGAUGAUUUUCUGAACAGGUCCUGGGCCUCCUCUAGGUCGUCUCAGCCUCAAGCGAGUGCCUGGUGAGGUGUGUAAACAUCGCUAUUGGGGUGGUGCUGGCCUGCAAAUGUGCUCGCUAACAGCAUAUUCCCCAACAGUUUGUUAGGUUUAACACGUAGACUUUCGCGACAAAUAUCAUCCAAAAUAGAGGGGGUUUUUGGGUUCAGGCUAUACGGGGGGUCUUUAUCUCUACGCUGAUCCCGAAACGUCGCCUAUUAUAUAUUGUUUUCCUAUUCGAGAUGUCCAGUGUUAUGUUGACUCAGGCGUCGAGCUCAUGUCGAUUCGUGUUGAGCUUCAUGUGCGGCCACCUGCGGGCCACGUCGCACCCGUUGGACAGGCGAUACGAUUCGAUGGAUAUUAUAAUCAAAAGAGACCCUGGAACUUGUUGGAGGAAUGGAUAGAUGAUGAACUCCCGAGGUGACACGAUCGCACAACAAUGAAUCAACGCGUAAAGUCGGAUCUCAUCAAGAGUCAAGGCGGUGUGCUUUAUGAAGAAGGGCUAUCGCCCGAAACGUCGCCGCGUUUACGCAUAUUUUCAGUGCAGCGUUAUCGACGAAUUUGUCGAGCUGAUGUCAAAAAUUAGGUGGGGAACCCAAGGGGAGGGGGAGAAGAAGCGGGGGGGGGGGUAGCUGAGCUUGCAUCGCAACAUCGAUUUCCAGGGUGAUUGACAGGAAGAAUACAGCAACACACGCAACUCUUCUCGUCCAGCUGCGCAGACUGUCCGCUGCUCUCUGCGUCUCGGGCUGCCCGACGCGAGGUUGUGAAGAAACUUCGUUCAGCUUACUGCCGUCACGAACUUUAGCGAGGCCAACUGCAAUGGCGUGUAAUUCAAAUGCAAGGCCGUGGGCGUGAUUAACGUUACGUCACCACAGUUGAUUUAAGUCUGUAGCUGAACCGUGGCUUUAAGUGAUUACGUGAUUCUUAUUAUCACUGGCGGAGCUUAAAAACAUUGCUUAAAACUUGUUUUGCCCCCCCCCCCGCGCACCUCCGAUUCGCACAGUUGGCUACGUACGGUGCGAAAGAAGUUCAACAUACAUACAGUACAUUGUCAGACACGCGGCUUAGUAACGGAACUACAAGAGACGAGCCGAUUUGUGGUUUGUGUGGCGUCUUGCUUGAAUGGUACCGAGUGAAUUGCCCUAGGAAUUCCGUGUGUCCACCUCGUCACCACCGCGAAGGCUUUUCGCGGUUGCGCUGUGUACAGCCCAGCGAUGUGUACAGCCCAGCGAUGUGUCUGUAAAUCGGUCCGUGCCGCGUGAAACAAAGUUCGUGAAAAUGCUUCGGGCACGUGGGGCGAAACGUCGGCCCAGCAUUCCGAACAACGCGCGGUGAACGGUCCGUCAUGCUCCGAAUGGACGGAGGGUUGUUGAUGCUGCUGCUGCUGCUGCAAUGAUUUAUUUUCCUGCUAAAUUAUUCCCACUCAAUACGAACACCAUUAUUUGUUGAGUUUAGCUGACAAUACCUUAAAGUGUUAUUCUAUUGUGAGCCACUUGUGCCGGCGUGCGGUAGCGAUACAGUAUUAUAAACCGGAUGAUUUAUCUUAACAAAGAAUAGAGGCAAUAACUAUUUUGCGGAACGCGGGAUGGGUGGGUAGUGUCGUGAGCGAGUAAUCAACUCCCCGAAUGAACCGGUGAUCGGAAUCGAACUCGGCUGAAACUUCGGGCUACAGCUUAAGUGGUACCCUGGGUGAGGCUGAUCUCUGCUCCCCCUCCUACAGCCCGAGUGGAGGUGUGUUGCGUUGAUGGCGAGGCGAUCCCUAAAUUCACCGGUUUUGUAUUUCUCUUGCGUCGCUUGACUCUGCCGUGGCACACAAUGCACAGACGUUAUCAAUCAACUUGCAUCAACGGGGAAAAACCUUGUCACUACCGUAUGACCCCGUACUCCCCAACCCCCCCUCCCCUCCCCUCCUCCCCCGAAUAAUCGCGUACGGGUAAAUGUUUAAAAUCGUCUGAUUUUGACGAAAAAAACAUCGAUACUUCGUCCAUCACCAACAGCCGCGAAAGAGUCGCAAAGGCGAUGCGAUGUGCGUGCGUGUGUGCGUGUGUCGGCCCUGCUCCUACAGUCUGUUGAGGCUAUACUGGGGGGGAGGGAUCUUUGUCUUUGUGUCGGCCCGUUUCGGACAACACGCGAAAGCUUACAGGGCGCGUUGGACUGAUUUACAUGAACUCGUUUGAAUGCGGGCUAAGGGUGCGACUGUUACAUCCCUUGCAACGCCGCUCUGUAACGACGUGAAUUAUCAUUGUUGUUGUUGUUGUCGGCUAAGGUUAUUCCACAACGCGUAUUACCUCGACUGCCCUGCGCGUGAGAGCUUUCUAGUUUUAGUUCUAGUUUACGCCGCGCGAGUGUUUACACGUGUCUGAGCUUCGCCGAGUCCCAAGAGGAGGUCUCGCGCGACGCCAGCAACCCGGGAGGGGAGAGUGUCAUCCGCACACGACGAAAGAAGCGUCGUUUGUUGUUGCUGUUGUUGUUAUAUGAUUGCGACUUUUUGUUGUUGUUGUUGUCGAGUAACUUUAAAUCUUCAUUCAGGGAACCAGACAGGGUACAAAAAAAUGCGUUGAUUGUUAUGUUUAAUGAAUGUAGUUAGUAACUUAAUUGUUGUUUCGAUUUAAAGCUUUCGUGACUGCAGGGAUUCAUCUUCUUGGUUCUUUCGGUACAGUCUUAAAUAGAUUAAAUAUACGCUGCCAAGCUUGGUGGUGUUCAUUCAGACGCUGUCUUUCCGACAGACCUGUUCUUCACCUGAGGACGGCUGCUUGCGUUGUGGCCGAAACGUCGUGAGAAUUGUAUUUUAUUAUGUUUUAUUUUUAUUAUUUUAUUAUUUCCCUUCUACGUGACUUUACCGAAAGAACCAAGAAGAUUUAUUGUUGUUUUUAUUUUUUUUAUAGUGUUACUAGACGCGUGCAAGACGUGCGCGCGCGAGUGUGUGCAUAUUACUCGCAUCUUUUAGUCAAAGCAAAUGCCUCUCUCAUUUCCCCCAGACGCGCGUCUACACACAGGGUAUAUCUAUCUAAAUGUAUAUUGAAAUACGUAAUGCGUAGCCGACAGGGUGUUAAUGAGUUGUGUCCAAAGAUGUACAGUCGUAGCGUUGUCUAUCACCGAUGCCUUUAGUUUGCACUAAAGCCAGAAGCCUCUUCUCCUUCAGUUCCCCAUCGCUUUAGAGCCGACGGUGCUUUACGCACACGCGGUGCGACCAUUGGAGGUACGGGUAAAUUGUGCUCUCGGCGCAGACCGAGUUACACACGCGAGUCUCGCGCAACUGUGCGGUCGGAGAUUCACUGACCGACUCAGCCGACGUGACUGGCUGGCGCGUCUGUGCGUGAGGAGUGGUGGCGCAGUGGUUAGCGCGCUGCGCUGCAAACGCGCGCGACCCGAGUACGAUUCCCGCUCGCGAUCAGUAACAGUGGCGAAUGUUUGAACCGGUCCCGGGCCUCUCCCCUAGGUCGACUCAGCCUCAAGUGAGUACCUGGUGCAGUGUGUAGUAAACAUCGCCACUAGGGAGACAAAGGCGGCCGGGCGUGGUGUUGGCCACCCACCCCUCGUGUGCCGUGCCGGCCUUCAGAAGUGCUCGCUUAACAGCACUUGUCCGAAAAAGUCUGCCAAGGCUACACGGGGGGUCUUUGUCCUUGUGUGUGCGUGGGAGCACGUGGUCAGCUGCAUCGAAGGUGUGCGUCGAAAAUGCUGCGUAUUGCUAUGCAAAGCUCCCAGCUUCUCUUGUGUGAGUGUGUCACGCGGGCGUAGCGCCGCCUAGAUUGAUUUUCGCUUCUUAGCCUACAUCUACACCCGUCUAUGUGUGUGUGUCAGUGUGGACAUGUGUCUGUGAGUGCAUGGGGAGCGGUAGUGCGGUGGUUAGCGCGCUGCACUAUGAGCCCGGCUAUCCGAGUUCGAUUCCCGCUCACGUCCAAUCACAGUGGCGAAUACGUGAAUCGGUCUUGGCGCUCAUCUAGGUCGACGCAGCCUCAUAUGAGUACCUGGUGCCGUGUGUAAACAUCGCCACUGGGGAGACAAAGGCGGCCUCGCGUGGUGUUAGCCACCCCCCCCCCCUCGUGUGCCGUGUCGGCCUUCAUAGGUGCUCGCCAACAGCACUUGUCCCAAAAAGUCUAAGGAUAUACGAGGGGGUCUUUGUCUUUGAUGUAUGUCUUGCUGUUUUCCUUUCUGUGUUCCGUGUGGCUUAUGAACCCUGGCUGUACAUUAAGAUGAUUUUACAAAAGGCGGUUAGAGGCUGUUUGAAUGUUUAUGUAUCUUUAAUAUCCUUUAAAGAUUUUGUAAGA